AGCAAAGAGCUGGGUUAAACGGGAUCUCGGCGAGAGAGAGCUAAAGAAAAACGUAACAUCUGUAUAAAUGCGUGUAUGUAUGAGGGAUUCCACAGAUCCUGAAGGAUGUUGUGGGGGAGCAGGAGGAAGACAGAAAUCAAGAAUUGUGAAGCUGAGAUGCUGCGGUUUGCAGUAACUUGACAACUGAAAGGAGCCCUCCCCAGAGCCUCAGCACAAAGCACAAAGCUCGCCAUGACCCCAGCUGGAAAUGUAAAUCUGUCCUUUGCUUCGAGGGCUGCUGUUGAGCUGUACCUUAUCAACAGUGAGGCUUUUAAUCAGUUAAAAUGCUGACUUCUUAGCAAGGAGGGGCAAUCUUAAAAACAAAGUCUAUCUGGAGAAAAAAAAACCAAAAAAAACAUCAAGCCCAUACCUGUCUUUUUGUGUAUUACCUAGGCAUGGUUGUCAUCGAAUGAUAGAAAAUGUUUUCAGAAAAUAAAAUAAAAUCCUGCAUAGAAUUAGGAUUUUGCAAUAGUAACAUCAUUUAAGGGAGUCAAGUUUGCAGGAGGCAGAGUGGGAUCAAUACUUCAUUUUUUAAUUACUUUUUUUCUAAAUCUGCCAAAUGUGGCAUUGGCUCCAUUGUUCUGUGAAACUGCGGUCAGAAAAAUAGGACUAUUUUAGAAAUGUAACUUUAAACAUGAUUUAAAAUAGGAAAAGUGUUAGAUGGAAUGAGUUGAGACUAAUACCGUACUCCCAGAGCUGGCCUAUUAAAGCAUUACUAAUAGUUGGACGUCCAAGUUUAUGCAAACUGUCUCCUACCAUUUCCUUUCAAUUAGCUCUUAUGCAAACAAUUAAAAACUCUGUUCUGAUUCUAUGUGUUUUCAAAAGAGGAGUUUCAUGACAGUGAGAGAAUCUAUAUUGAGCAGGUCUGCCCAAGAACAAAAAGCAAUACACCUACUGUAGCAAAGCCAUUUAUGCUGAGCAACGUGACAUUUUAGGUCUUGGGCAUAACAAAAAUGUCAGUCUUCAGAAUGUUCUGAUGAUUCCUUUGUUUCUUUCCCCUCAAGUGAAUGAUGCUCAGAUGUGGAAGGUGGACAGGCAGAACUCCAAAUGUCAUGAAUAAAAUAUGUUUUCUCAAUUAAAUAAAAAUGAAGAGAAUAUGCAUUAUUUACUAUUACUGUAGAGCAGUUGUAUGACAUGUUUUCAUUAUUCUUUGUCACUUAUGGCACUCAGUGCAGAGGAAAAAAGGUGGUGAUUCUUGAUGUAUCAUGAGAAGACAUGGCAAGAUAUGUAUGAUCUUGUCAAGGAUGCUAAGAUUCCAUUUAUUAACAAAACCCCUUCUCAUUAGAAUUUCUAGUCCCAGUGUAUUAACUAUUUUAGCCAUUUAAAAUAUGAAACUAGAAACCUGAACUAGAAAUAAAACCAUAGAAUUAAAAUUCCCACAGAAAAAAAAAAAAAAAAUCAUGGGAAUUGGAAUUAGCAGGGAUUAGAAAAAGAAGUAUAAUGCAGAAAGGAGAAUUGGAUGCAGAACAAUUGUGUUCAGCUCACAGUCUUGACAUUGACUUGCAACAUUACCUGGAGCAAGUCACAGGGCCUUUCCAUGUUGCAAUCUGUAGCUUGUCAGAGACCAUAACAUUCUGAGAGGUUUGAACUCCAGAGUGAAAAAUGGUGGACAACCAUUAAAAAAUAUUCUUAAAAAAUAUUCUUUGUGAUCCUUCAUGUUUUUAAAUGAUGUGCGCAAUGGUAGGAAACUCGAUAGUUGCAGUUUUGCCUAGUCCAUCAUCUGACACGGGGAAGGAGAAUAUUCUUUGUCAUAUUCAUUGGUCAAAAACAAAACCAAAAAAAUGCCUCCAAUAAAUCAGGCAUAAAUUAGUUCAGUUAUUCAGGCAGCUAUUUUAUUAUGAUAGAAUCACAGAAUCCUUAGAGUUGGAAGGGACCUCUGAAGGCCAGCUGGUCCAAGUCCCCUUCAGUGAACAGGGACAUCCACUGCAGGAUCAGCUUGCCCAGGGGCCAGAUUGCUUGAUUAAGCACUUGCAAUAUAGAGAAAUAAUUUGAAUUGUCUUCUCUAAAAUUGUAGGUGCAUCUUUUGCAAUAGGAGGAAUGCUUGCCAUCAGUAUAAUUUUUUCUGAGAUAUACAGUCAGCUCCAGCUGCUCUCAUAUUUUAAAAAAAUUAGUGCUAUUGACAGAUGUGUUUUACUGACUCCCAAAUAAAUGCUUUGAACUCAAAAGGCUCAGCUAUUUUUGGAGAAUGUCACUCUUAGAACUAUGCCAGAAUAUCAACACCUCUGCUAAGCAGUGAACACUGAGAUGACAAAAGCACACGAGUGCAGCUGCACCUAUGGCAGGGAUUCUGCUGAUUCAGCUUUGUACAGCAAGAGCAUGAGGGUUUUUUUGUUGUUUUGCUUUCUAACUUCUGUAACUUUUGUCACCAUGAUAGCAUGACUUAAUGGCAUAUGUAACACCUUAGUCUGUAUACUGAGUACUUUGGUCUUUGUUUCUCCUGUAGAGGUUUGGAUAUGCUGUGUCAAACCUCGGGGUGUUUUUGUUACCAAAAAAGGUCCCAGUGAGGCUACUUUCCUGAAUAUAUUAAAGGAGAAUGCUGUGUCUGACCCACGUGUUGCAGAGGAAAAAAAAAACCCUGAACUUAGAGAUUAGAGAAAUUGCUUUCAAAAUCCAAAGCAGCAGUAGUGCUAUUCUGGGAAUCAAAGGCUUUAUGUGGUGUAUAUUAAAAAAACAGGUAAAUGGUCAAGUCCCUAAUGGAAUAAUGUCUUAUUUUUCCAAGAAGACAUGCUCAGAUCCUGUGCAUUACAGCUAUGUUUUCUAUUAUUUUAAAUACUCUAUUAGUUGCUUCCUGGAAGGAAUGCAAGGAACGAUUUACAUUUCCAUGUGUGUCAUUGUUUAGACAAAAGUGAUAGUUGAGUAAUUCACCUAAAAGCUCUGGGUCCUCUGAAGUACUGGGAAGGCUACUCUUAUAAACAUCUAAGAUGAAUCCAAUUGCAUCUUUCUGGGCUGAAACAGAGGAGGAAUAAGAAGCUGAACAUCUCAGAUCUUGUACAUGAGCAAGGUUACAUGGAUUAUCAUUAUAACUCAGGAUCUCUAAGGAUUUAGUAGAUUACAGCAGGAAAUAGAAAGGUCUUUUUCAGUAGAGGUGCCCAUUUCAUCCUGAAUCAGAAAUGAAGGUACAGUACACUUCUAGGAUUUCUAGUAGCACUGCAGAAUCAGUGGUCUGGAUUUUACGAUGGGAGGUAGGCCAAGGUGUAGAGUUUUUGUGAUCAAUGAAGAUCAAACAAUGAAGCCACAGUCGUUGUGGAGUGAAGGGAGUAGAAGGAUGGCAAAGUGUGCUUCAGCCUUCCUGGCUUCUCCAUGCUGAGAGAAGGGUCAGUGGUUGUAGGCUGAGCAGGGACAGGAGAGCCUGAGAGCAUCAGACAGAGUGCUGAGAUGGUAACUGUGGCAGGACAUUCUGGAGAGAGAGCUAGAGAAGCUGACUUGACUGAAAUUAACCCCAAUUACUCUGACAUCUGACGGAUGUCCACCAAUACUUCUACUUGUAGUACUCUUUGUUACUCACAGUUGCUGUUGUUUCACUUAAUGUGAUUGAUUGCAUCGGAGUGACUUCCUUUGCACAACCAGAGGAAUGCUUCUUCUGACUUCUGAAUUCAAAUGAGAUACGUUCAAGCAAUGGAUGCAUUCCAGAGUUGACUUGGCAUGCCUGCUCUUGCAGGUUGAAAUGAGAAAUAGCUGCAUGAGUGGAAGGGAUUUCCAUCAGUGUGAAUGGUGGAGAAAGCCUCUGAUAAUCAGGAAAUUCAAGCUUUUGUUCAGUAUGGAUACGCAAGCAAAGUAAGAUGUGGUGGUGUUCUGGAAGGCCAACCUCCCAGCAAACAGCACUGUUACUAACCCUGGUACUGAGGAACUCAAGAGUCUCAUCUUUUCUGAGAAAAAUAAUUGCAUAGUUUGUGUUUUUAGAGUUUGAAACUCUAUUUGUUUGGUGUUAACUUUCUCCAUUUGCUUUUCUGUCACAUGCCAGAAGUAGCAAAACACAAUGUAGGGUUUUGUGCUUUGUGGAGUUUACUACCCUUUUGAGCAGUACAAAUUCAAUUUGGUUGGAAUCAUAGCAUAAAUAAUCUUCCUGUUCAGUUAUUAUGAACUGAACUAAAGCCCUUUAAUAAAAUCAAUGCCUGCAUGUAGUGUUUUCUCAGAGCAGCAAGGCAGUCUGCUUACAUACAGUAAUUGGACUUGUGACAGGUAAUUAAAUGGCUUGUAAGGCCUUUAGGAUGCUUGAUUACAUGAAAAUCACUAUGCUGAUACAUAGCAAAUGAAGUGGAUAAGAACACUAUGUAUCAGUUGAUUGAAGAGACACUAAAGCUCUUACACUUCAUUGGAUGGAAAGAAGAAAAUGAAAACAAGACAAAGGACUAUAAGCAGCAGUAACAUUAAAAAAAGGAGCAUAGAAAGGAGAAUGUACUUGGAAACUGGGUUGCCUUGGUUAUUUUAAGUCAAUCAUGCUUACACAAGCUGUCAAGUCUUGACUGCUUCAGUAGAUCAUUAAAUAAUGAACUUGUUCUUUGUGAUCACAAAAUUGGUAAGACAGCCAGAAUUAUUCAGCAAGGGGUGGGAGCUCUUCACAAAACUUACAUAUAAUUAGAAAUGAACUGAUAAUCCAGGAAGCACUAAGCUCAUACAGGAAUACAUGACAUAUUUUAUAACUUGAACACGGGAAGUACCAUACAAACGUGCAGAAGUACUUCUUUGUGGUAACAACAGUCAGCAGUCUUUGGGAUACCUAUCAAAACAGAGAUGGCUUCACAAAGCCAGUCUGUAAUAUUUUUAAGAUAGUGGAAUACAGAGAUGCCUCAAUUCCUUUCCUGCCUGCUUAUUUUUAUCAGCAGGGAGUCAGCACUGGGAGUGAAGGAAGCAGGGCAAGAGCUGGUGUACAAGCAGCAAGAUUCCCAGAGAUCUGGUGGAAUGGAGUGUGAUGCGAUGAACGGUGUCAAUGGAAGCAUAGCUCCAUACGUGGAGGCCUUUGAUAGGCUGCUGAAUGGAAGCGUUGCUGAGUUUCUCAGGCACAGCAAGAUUCUUGAAGGUGAUGUGAAGACACAUGCAGAGAUGGUACGUGCUGCUUUCCAAGCACAGAGAUCUUUCCUGGUGUUAGCAUCUCAAUGUCAAGAGCCUCAAGAGAAUGAAGUGGCAGUGCUUCUCAAGCCAAUAUCUGAGAAGAUUCAGGAAAUACAGAACUUCAGAGAAAGAAACAGAGGAAGUCAAAUGUUCAACCAUCUCUCAGCCGUCAGUGAAAGCAUUCCUGCGCUCGGCUGGAUCACAGUGUCUCCUAAACCAGGCCCUUAUGUCAAGGAGAUGAAUGAUGCUGCCACCUUUUAUACUAACAGGGUAUUAAAGGACUACAAGCACAGUGAUACACGUCAUGUUGAUUGGGUGAAGUCCUACUUGAACAUCUGGUCUGAUCUUCAAGCAUAUAUCAAAGAACAUCAUACUACAGGUCUCACCUGGAGUAAAACUGGUCCUGUCGCAUCACCCACGUCUAUGAGGUCUGUCCUAACCAGUGGGUCGUGCCCCUCUUCAACACCUCCUCCACCACCGCCUCCCCCGGGACCUCCACCCAUCUUUGAUACAGAAACCCCCCCAAAGGAUGAAGGAACGGCAUCUCGCUCAGCCCUGUUUGCACAGCUUAACCAAGGAGAGGCAAUUACCAAAGGGCUUCGCCAUGUCUCUGACGACCAGAAGACUCACAAGAACCCCAGCCUACGUGCCCAAGGUCCACCCGCUCGUUCUCCCACGAAAAGCCAUACUCCAAGUCCCACCUCCCCCAAGAACUCCCCGCAGCAGAGCCAUGCCCCCGUCUUGGAGCUAGAGGGGAAAAAAUGGAGAGUGGAAUAUCAAGAGGAUAAGAAUGACCUGGUCAUUACCAACACUGAACUCAAGCAAGUAGCCUACAUCUUCAAGUGUAACAAGUCUACACUUCAGAUAAAAGGAAAGAUCAAUUCAAUUACUAUUGAUAACUGUAAAAAGUUUGGCCUUGUGUUUGACAACGUUGUGGGAAUCGUGGAAGUGAUCAAUUCCAGGGAUAUUCAGAUUCAGGUGAUGGGGAAAGUGCCAACCAUUUCCAUCAACAAAACAGAAGGCUGUCACAUCUACCUCAGUGAGGAAUCAUUAGAUUGUGAGAUCGUGAGUGCCAAGUCUUCUGAGAUGAACAUCCUCAUCCCCCAAGAUGGCGAUUAUAAAGAAUUUCCGGUUCCUGAACAGUUCAAGACAGCGUGGGAUGGAUCUAAGUUGGUCACUGAACCUGCAGAGAUCGUGGGUUAACCUGACAGCACCCGGCGCUCACUGACCGUGAUCAGACCACAGCCAGCAGAAACAACGCAGCAACGUGAAGAACUAGAAAUAGCAGUAGCUCCUACUGCUCUCAUAGGCCUUCAAGCAUUAGCUGUGCAUGCUAGAAACAAUAACUCGUCUGGCACGCUUUUGUUAGGCACCUCAGCAUUUCAAGUUUCCAGUUUGCCUUCACUUACGGUUUUACUUCUCAAUGAUGUCAUGUGAAUGUAAUGGCUUGAAACCCCUGCCUUCCAGCCACCUCAUUGGUUUGAAACACUUUAUUCGUUAAGCCAAAACACUGCAUGAUACACUGUUAUCACAUUGCUUCCGGGCAUUCCUUUUUAUGUUUCUGCUAAUCAAAAACAGCAUUAAGACUAAGAUGAGAUUCUCACCUCUUAUGCUAGUCCUGUACAAUGCAGUACAAACACAUCCUGAGAGAACUAUCUGACAGUUCCUUGUAGUUCUCUGGCAAUCUUUUUAUUUAAGCAAGCAAAAAAGGCUAACUUUCAGCAAUACAUUUUCCUAAUGGAAGAUGAAAUAAUAUGAUAUUUUAAUCUAACACUUUUCUAAUACACAUAUUUAGAGGAUCCCUGCAUUUUCAGCAAUACAAGGUUUUAUUCUGGUCCACACAGACUUGCUGUAACCCUCUCGUUUCUUAAGAAUCAGGAAUUUUUUUGAAACUGAAGCCUCACUGAGCUAACAGCUUGCAGCAAAUCACCUGAAAGUUUUUGCUCCACAGGUAUCUUUUGUUGUUGUUUAUAGACACAAUCUCUCAUGCUUUAAAGUUUCACACUGUAUCCUGCAAACUGCACCUUUGCUAUUCAGCAAGCUGGCAUGGGAAGUACCAUGAGUGGGCAGGUGGUUUUCCCAGGGCAAGAGGCACGCAUCAGAUUCACUUAGUUUGCUUGUUAAAGUUCCUGUAAAAUCUAUCAUAGCUGUCAUAGUUUCUGUUAAUUAAAAUAUCUUUCCAUUUCUUCCCUGCAUUUCUAACACUUACUCAAUUUCAAUUACAUCCACAAAGCAAAGCCAUAGACUUAUGACCUACCAGUUGAGCCCAAACAAAGCCCACUUGGCCCUUCAAUUCUGCUUUCUAUAGUCCCUAUUGUAC